AAAUAAUAAUAAAGAAAAAAUCGCAAUCAUCGCAUCAGCCAGCGGAUAGUAAAAUAAUUUGUGGAUUUGAACUUCCAAGUUGGAGAGUGAAGAGAGAGCGCCCCCGCCCCGUAACCCUCAUUUGUUUCAUGUUCUCUCCUCUCCCACCUGCCACGGUAACAACAACACUAGAACUCAUGAAGCCCCUCUACAGAUUCUUAAUAGUAGCCAUGGCGCUGUUUUCUGUGGUGGAAUCUUCCAAAUCUAUAUCUUCAUGCAACACUGGCAGAAGUAGCGUAGAGCAGAGGCUGGUAGCAAAGGCUUUCAAGUCUGUAUCUGGCUUCAACUCUUCGUCCUCCUGGUUCCGAAAAGGAGUAUUACUUUCCAACUGUUCAUCCCAAUCUCAUGUCAUCAGCAUAAACCUUCCAUCCAAGAAUCUCAGCGGAACCAUCUCCUGGGGUUAUCUCAUCAACAUCUCAAACCUCCAGCUUCUUGAUCUCUCAGGGAAUUCCUUACAAGGCCGUGUCCCAACUUGGUUAUGGUCAACCUCAUCCUUACGUCACCUAAACCUCUCCAACAACAGGUUUGGAGGUAGCGUCGUCUUCAGUACCACCGCCUUCAUUCAAAUGCUCAACCUCUCCCACAACAGGUUCACCAAUUGGGUGGUCCAACACCACCAAUAUCAACGCUACUCUUCCUUCUUCCCAAACCUUAAAAUCCUUGACCUCUCUCACAACCACUUAAGGACACCCCUCCCUUCAGGCUUCACCAACCUCACCAACCUUCAAUACCUUGACUUAUCGAACAACAACCUCACCGGAACUUUCCCUUCCGAUUUUCCUCCACUCAACAACCUCCACUUCCUAAACAUCUCCUUCAACCGCUUCAACUCAACCGUUAGCCUCAACAAGUUCAACAAAUUCGGCAAAGCCGCCUUUAUCCACGCUGGCAAGAAUUUCACCUACACCGCCAUUACUCCAAUUCACAGCAACAACCAUUCCGCAACUACCACCCCAGCCUCACAAGCCAUUCACACAAGAUACAAACACAAACACAAACACAAGACACACAUUAUUAUCGCGGUUUCGUGUGCUUCUUCGUUAGCGGUUAUUUUUAUCAUUUGGGCGCUACUACGCGUUGCUAGGAAGAAGAAGAAAGAGCGUUGCAAGAUUAAGAAAUGGGCAAUAUCGAAAGCGGAGGACAUGAUGAGCGGCGUGACGGUGGAGAAAUCAGGGCCGUUCGAGUUCGAGACUGAGUCAGGGUCCACGUGGGUGGCUGAUCUGAAGGAACCAUGUUCUGCGGCCGUGGUGAUGUUCGAGAAGCCGUUGAUGAGCCUGACCUUCAGGGACCUCAUCGCUGCCACGUCACACUUCGGGAAGGAGUCACUCCUAGCGGAAGGCAGGUGUGGACCCCUCUACAGGGCUGUACUCCCCGGCGAUCUCCACGUGGCAAUCAAGGUACUGGAAUACGCCAGGGACGUUGAUCCUCGUGACUCCAUUGCAAUGUUCGUUGACCUCUCAAAGCUCAAGCACCCAAAUUUGUUGCCCCUCUCUGGUUACUGCAUUGCAGGUAAGGAGAAGCUGGUACUGUACGAGUUUAUGGCAAACGGCGAUUUGGGGAGGUGGCUACACGAGCUUCCAACGGGGGACACCAACGUGGAGGACUGGACACGCGACACGUGGGAGAUUCAAAACGGCGUCGUUGAGGGGUCAUCAGAGAAAAUGGGGUGGCUAACACGUCACCGUAUUGCGGUUGGGAUAGCGCGUGGACUAGCUUACCUUCACCACGCGGGUUCCAAACCCGUCGUGCACGGCCACCUCGUUACCUCCAACAUUCUACUCGCCGACGACUUCGAGCCACGAAUAUCGGAUUUCGGGCUGCGGGGAGAACCGAAUCCGAAUUGCGGGACGGAGGGUGACGUGUACUGCUUCGGGAUGGUGCUGAUGGAGAUGUUGACAGGGAAGACAGGGUCGGAGGAAACGGUGAGCGCGGUGAGGAAGGCGGUGAGGGAAGGGGAGGGGGUUAGGGUUCUGGAGGAGAGGCUGCGAGUGGGCGGUGAGUGGGAGAGUGAGAUGGUGGAGAGCCUCCGAGUGGCGUACCUUUGCACAGCUGAGUCGCCUUCCAAGAGGCCCACUAUGAGGCAGGUUUUGGGCUUGCUCAAAGACAUUAGUCCAAACCAACCACUCACCCCGAGUUGACUCGUCUUUUCUUUUUCUUACUUUUGGAUUCCACGGUUGACCCGGGAUUCGGAAUGUGAAAAUGUUAUUAUUGUUGCCAAUAUUUAUUAUUGAUAUAAUGAAUUAAAUUACUAUUAUAAAUGUA